AUGCAGGACUUGACGGUUGUAUUUAUUCUUCUUGCUGCUCUCAUUGCAGGCGUCUUCGGCUUUAUACCUGAAACGGGUGGCUUGCAAUACGAACGCCUGGUAAGGAAUAGUUAUGAUUUUGAACACUCAACGAUGUUAACAAUCCUACUUCCCCAGACUAAGCCGAUCCAACUAACUCAAGACCUCGGAGCUUCACAAUUCGCCAAUCCAAUAGCAACCAAUUCGUGGUGGUCAUCGUCUUUCGUCCAUGCAUCAGAUGGCCAUGAUUAUUUGAUCGUUUCCCACGUCAUUUUGCCAAAUUUAAAUCUGUCUACAGCUCUUCUACGUGCCUCUAUCCUAGACAUCAAUGACAUAGCAUAUUACCGACAGGUUAGUUGGCUACAUAACGGAUCUAGUAGGGCUACGCAAAUGCCGAAUGGGCCUCCUGGAGUUGCUACGAAAAACUUCGGAUUUGUGUCUGUGGAUCCAGCUAAUCCGCUGGACAAGAUGCGUAUAUGGUGUAUCACCGAACACGUUGAGCUUGACCUCACCUUUCAGCUCUCUGCUCCCGUUAUUUUGAAUGGAGGUACUGGGACAUUUCCGUUCGGUGAUGAGACCACGUUGGAAUGGUCAAUGCCUGCUGGAAUCACCGAUGGUUAUUUCACUGCCAAUAGAAAACUUCUCACUAUUGACUCUGCUCGCUCUUUGACUUGGUAUGAUCGUCAACUCAUAUGGGCGUUUGCCCCGUUGGAUGGCCCGGUGAGGUCGAACUGGACAUGGUUUCAAGUACACCAUGGUGAGCGGACGAUGUCUAUCUGGGCGUGGGAUACCCUUGGCGGACAGCGCUUCCAGUUCGCCACGGUCAGGGAUAAACCAGGCAUCCACCAAGUACUUGUCGUCACUGAGUUCACACCGUCAAGCCGCCAGUGGACGUCACCCUGUUCUAAAACUACCUAUUCUCUUGACUGGACCGUGGCUCUGGUAGAUGGAACCAGGCUGGAACUAUCGAGUGUUCGCGAUGACCAAGAGCUGUGCACUCAGGACGGAGCCAUUGCAACAUAUGAAGGAUACAUUAACGUGGCUGGUACACGCGGCGGAAAACCUAUUUCUGGGUACGGGUUGGUUGAGAUAGCUCCAGUGACUGCGAUACCAAAGCCAACUUAA